AUGCAGCCGGCCAGGACGAGAACAGAGGUCCUGUCCCAGAAGGAAAAGCUUGCCAGCUCCUACAAUGAACUACUCCAAGAAUUCUCCGCAAAUGACCUUCGGAAUGUAGGGAAUUACGCUCUUGGAAGGCUAGUUGGGAAGGGUUCCUUUGGCAAGGUGUACCUCGCAAAACACAAGCUCACCAACAAUUCAAAGGUUGUUCUCAAGUCCUCGAACAAGGAAGACUCCAACCUAGCGCGUGAGAUUCACCAUCACCGUCAAUUUUUGCAUCCUCAUAUCGCCCGGUUAUAUGAAGUCAUUGUGACUGAAAAUCUGGUUUGGUUGGUCUUGGAGUAUUGUCCAGGCGACGAGUUGUACAAUUAUCUCUUGAAUAAUGGCCCUCUCCCCGUCGAAAAAGUCCAGAGAAUAUUCGCACAGUUGGUGGGUGCUGUUGCUUAUGUACACAGCAAGUCUUGCGUCCACCGAGAUUUAAAGCUCGAAAAUAUUUUGCUUGACAAGAAUGGGAAUGUGAAACUCUGCGAUUUUGGUUUUACUCGAGAGUAUGUCGGCAAGUCGAGCCACUUGCAAACGUUCUGCGGCACAAUAUGUUACAGUGCGCCGGAGAUGCUGAAAGGGGAGAAAUAUGCGGGUGAAAAAGUCGACGUUUGGAGUCUUGGAAUUAUCUUAUAUGCACUUUUAGCUGGAGAGCUACCAUACGAUGACGACGAUGAUCAGGAGACUAAAGCUAAGAUUCUUAAGGAGGAGCCGAAUUACAACGAAAAGUUCCCAGACGAGGCCCGAUCGCUGAUCAGCCUAUUACUGUCUAAGAGACCGCUCUUACGUCCAACGUUGGCUGACAUCCUGGCGCAUCCUUUUCUAGGCGAGCAUGGCGUUGAGCAACAGACCAUCUUAGAAAGAUCGCGACCUUCACCUUUUACCACUGCACUCGAGAAAACAACAUUGUUGCGUAUGAAAAGUGCCGGCGUGAACAUCGAUCAGGUCAUUGAGAAUGUUUUGGCGCAGAGAUGCGACGCUCUUGCCGGCUGGUGGGCUUUAUUAAUUGAGAAAGAGGAGCGCAAGGAGAAAAAGCGUGAGCGCAAGAGGAAGGAGAAGGAGGCUGAAGCCCGCAGUCUCCGCCGACUAAGUGCUGCGAGCAGUCGCUUGGAACGCAUCUCGACUGCUCUGCUAGAGGUUGAUGAAGAGAGCGCUGCUACCGAUACUCUUCAAGCUCGUGGAAGGAGAGACCGUCGUAGUUUACCCAACCCCGAACUUUCCAUCCCUGAAGUCCCCAAAGUUCCUGAAGAGUUCACCAAUCACCAGUCAGACAGCGGACUACCUCCACGGCCUAUUGACAAAGAUUCCAUACGUUCGUUGAGUUCAACGCGGCGUCCAGUACCACCACCAAAAGAACGCCGUCGCUCAAGACCGAGCAUGCUUCAUAUCAGUGCCUCCCAACCCGAAUUGACGUCGCAUUCAAGCGGUAUCUUUAGACGCCGCACCGGCCGACGCCAUCAUCAUUCUUUUAUCAGCCAAUUGGCGUCACUCAAACACUGGAUAGUUGAAUCUGCAAAGCGUGCCAAGUCUCCUCAUCCCAGAACGCCAAAAAGUGGCGGUGGACAGACUCUUAAAUUUCGACUAGACAAAUCUAGCCCUGGAAAAGGUCAGGAGCAGAACAAUAAAGCUCGCGGGGCUAGUACUUCUACCAACACAGAUGCGCCGGUCGUAACACCAACUCAGAUCAAGCGGUCAUCCAAUGCCAGCAGCCUCGCGCCGAACAGUGCCUCAUAUGCUCAUCAUCGCAACUCUUACACCCGCCAACCUCACAGUAGGAGUCACCGUAACUCCCUCUCACCCUCUCCCCUAACUCCGCGAGGCUCAUAUCGGCAUUCUUCGACUGGUUUGCGCGGGCGCAAGUCUACGUCGUCUUCCAUUUCUUCAGUACGCAGUAUUCAUCAUGGCCAUUCUCACUCGAAAGCUUCAUCCAUCUCAUCGACCAGCAUCGAUACCAUGUCCACACCAGCAGCGUCCACGAGAGUAGCUCGAUCACCUCAUACCUCUGUCAAAGUGCUCCCUGCUACUCCGACGGCAUCUUCUCGCUUUCCCAAUAACAUUCGGCUUGUCAGAAACACCGCCGGUGGGCUACGGGACGUGAAUGAGCCCGAAAACCACGGUAUCUAUUCUGUUUUCAACGAGACGGCACCUGGCUCAUUAGUCUCAUCUCCAUCUGGAUUCGUGUAUGCUCGUCGGAAACGAACCCCAUUCAAAGGCCCAAUGCUCCACACAGGCACUGCCGUCGUGUCGAGCGGCUUCGGAACGCCGAAUUUGUCACCACCCCUUCUUAAGGGCGGCCCAGCACAGGACUCCCAGAAGCCCGCUACGCGCAAGAGUCAAAUUAUCGAGGAAGGAGACGAGGACGAGGAUGAAUAUAUCGAGGAAGUCGAUACUUUCAGCAACUCAGACGACAAUAUCGAGACGAAUGAAGGGCCUCCAAUAGACGCUAUUGAAGAGAAACUUCUACCCCAACCUCUCGCAGAGGCAACAGAUCUCUCCACUCCCUCCGAAAACAAAACAGUCGAAUCCUCCAAUAAACCGGUUCUGCAACCAGCACCAGACCUGCCUUCUCCCAGCGUCCAUCCGCCUCGUUCCUCGUCACUCCACACCGCCGAGCUCCAACACGAACCUCACUCUAAUAAUGACGAAGUCACGGAACCACCCAACCCCGUAUCCUCAUCCCUUGGACCAGAAGCUACCGAGGCAGUCACCGAGGAUGAAUUGACGAAACAUGAUACCGACGGUCUCCCCUCCACCGCCGCCGCCGCCACCACCACCUCCACAACAGAACAAUAG